UCAUUUCAUGUUUCAUGGCGGCGUGCGGCGUCUGUCAAACUGCCGUUAUUUUGUGACGAAUCAAUUCUUAAUUAUUUCACUAAGUAAUUAAAUAAGUUGCACAUCUUGCAUCUUGCAAACAUAAUAAAUUCGUUUAAUCAGUUGUGAUUGUAAUCAACAUGAGGAGGCAAAACAUGAUGAUGCAGCCAAGGGAUCGGCUACAGGACCUGGACCGUGAGCUGGAGCUGUUGAGGCGCAAGCGCCAGCUCAUCGAGGACCAGGGCCAGUAUGGACACGGCGGCAGACAAACUCAGCACACCAUCAGUCCAUGGGAGCAACCAAUGGCUCAAAACAAUAGUUAUAGUCAGCCGCGCGCCUCGUACAACCAGUUCGAUUACGGUAACAUGUACGAGAGCUCGGGCGCCGGCGGCGGGUACGAGGGGGGGUUCGGGGGGGCGCGGCGCCGCGGCAAGCGCCCCGCGCCCGCGCCCGCGCCGCGCUGGCAGGACGACGUGCCCAAGCGCUUCCGCGGCCAGCAGGACGCGUGGCCCGCGCAGCAGUACAAGCCGCAAGCGCCCAAGUUCGCCCCGCGCGCGCCCAAGCCGGCCUACCGGCCCGCGGCCCGCGCGUCCGCGCCGCAGCGCAAGCCCGCAGACAAGCCCGCGCCCAAGCCGGAGCCGAAGCCCGCCCCGAAGAAGGUGGUCGUGGCGGAGGCGCAGCUCGAAGAGUACGUCCUCACGGAGGCGGACCUGGAGGGCAAGCUGCCGCGCAAGGUGCAGGGCCGGCUGGAGUUCGCGCUCGGCGUGGUGUACAAGGCGCUGCGCACGCGCGCCGGGGACAAGCACCCCGCGCUGUUCGAGCACGCGGGCGCGCGGCUCGUGAAGAACGCGCUGCGGCGGCGGCUGCGCGAGGCGCUGCUGGGCCGCGCGGUGCCCGACGUGGCCGCCAUCGUGGACGCGCACGCGGCGCGCUUCCCGCCCGCCCGGGACGAGGAGCUGCUGGGCGCCGCCGCCGCCGCGCUGGCGGAGCGGCAGCGCGCCGACCAAGAGCUGCUGGCCGCGCCGCCCGACACCCAGUACCUGGCGCAGGAGCUGCCCUCAGAUGACCCUGAGGACUUCUUCAGAAAGAAUAUUACCAAAGUGCUUGAAGCAAAAUUGCAAGAUGUCUUCAAAAAGGUUUCACAAAUAUGCGAAGAGCCAUCAGACCUAGAGCAGUUGGUCAAAGAUGCGGACGAAGCUACCAAGAGAACUCCCGACGCCGCUACAGAUGAAGCCACUACCGAUGACGCCACUACCAACACUACGGAGGAACCAGCCAAACCUGAAGAGAAGGCCGAGGGUGAACCUCAACCAACCGAGGGUGAUAAAGUGGAAAAUCGCAUGGAGUACUUCAAGAAACUUAUGGACGGGCUCAUCAAUGCUGAGUUGCCGAAACUGCUGCCGAACUUUGAAGAUGACUUAAAGCGCGUAUUCGACGCGGACGCGGAGUACUUGCGUGCGCGACAGCAGCUGGCGCGCAAGUCGGAGGUGCGCGCGCGCAUGGCCGCCGACCAGGGGAAGCUGAACGCCAACAAACUGCCGCUCAUGUAUGUCAUGGUGAUGGGCACCCCCAAGCUGCCCAAGAAGGUGAAGCUGCAGGCGUUCCUGCGCUCGUUCCACCCGGGCACCAUCAAGAAGCACCGCAAUGUGCACAAUGUGCUGUACGUGGGCUUCUCCGACAAGACCGACCUGAAGAAUAUAUUGGCCGCCAAUGAUACUCUUAUGGACAACGUGAAGCUAACCAUAAAAGAAAGCGGCAAAUUCCAAAACCCGAAGACUGUUCUAAAACAAUCCGAGACCAAAUCGGCCAACACCAGCAUCGACAACGCUAUAGAUUCCGACUUGGAUGGACAAAUCAACGACUUACUCACAUCUAUACGGAGCUCUGAAGAAGCAGGGCAGACCGAAGAAAAUGGCGGCAAGAAUGAACCUACUGGUGAUGCUGCUACAGAAAAUGCGACUGAAGGCCAGACUGAUGACGGUGGUGAUUUCACAGAGAAUUGGGAUGAAGAGGCAACCGGCAACGGUAACGACACUACUACAGAUUUUACUGAGAACUGGGACGAAGAAUUGGCUAAAGAAGCUGAGGCUAACGGAAGCGUCGUUGGGAAUGCCGAGAAUGGCAACGGAGGUGACGCCGGGAAUGCCGAGAAUGCCAAUGAAACACCAGCGGAGACAGCCGUGGCUAAGAACCCACAGGUGGCUAAAGUACAACAGACCACGCCCACUAAGCAGCCAGCCAAAGCGCCUGCCACGCCAACUGGUAUAAACACUAGGCGGUCCAGUCGCAUUAAUAAUGCUUAGAGUUGUAAUGAAGGUUUUGGGAAGGCUAUUGAAAGGUUACUAAGUUCUUAAGCUUUGAUAAUAGAAGAAGUAAUAACGUAAUAAUGAGAUUGUAAUAGUUAGGCUGGCUGUAUUGCCUACCGGCAAUGCAUCUCUGAUUAUUCCGCAAUGGAAUACAUGAGGACAAGCGUUGUAUAGAAUAAUUAUUUGUGAAUUCAGUUUAAAUUUGGCAUACUUAUUUAUGAACUUAGAACAAGUUAACUUUGAAUAGCCGCUCCGACACCGGUUUAGAGUGAAAUAAGAUAGGUAUUU